AUGCUCUAUAAAACUCUGAUUGUACCGCUUGUGAUUGCUUAUGCAGCUGCGCUUCAUAUUCGUCUCGAAAACGGCGACGUGAAGUGCUUCUACGAACAUCUGGACCCUCAAAAGAUUCUUUGGGCCAGAUUUGAGACCACGCUUGUAAAUAGUCGGCUCGCCUCCAAUCCAGAUGCAUCUUUCAAUUUGAUAGUUACCGUUGAUGAAACUUUCGACAAUGACCAUAGGGCUUUGAGCCAGCAAUUGAAGUCUUCAGAUGAGAUUGUGUUCACUGCGCUUGAAAGCGGAGAACACCGCAUCUGUUUACGUCCUUCCGCAGCAAACUCUAGUUCCAUGCUCUCAGUACAGUUGAGUUUCAAUAUAUCGACUUUGCGGUUGCCGGAGGUCGAAUAUGCACAGAAAGCGCACGAUGCUAGAGAUAGAGUUGGACGAUUGAUAGCCCGUUUGGAAACACUUCGUAAUAAUCAAAGGGCAAUCAAAGCGAAGGAAAAAAUGGCAAGGGACUACAGCAGCUACGUCCACACCAGAGUAUUGAUUUGUUCACUUUUUCAAAUGGCCGUUUUGAUCAUUUCAUGCGUGAUGCAGUUCAAGGUACUAAAGAGGGUUUUUGAGCACAGACGCCAACCAUAA